AUGAGUGACCUACCCAUUGAAUUUACUGAAUUAGUCGAUCUAACGUCUUUAGGAAUUUCCCCUCAAUUCCUUGACUUCAGGUCAACCACCUUCGAGAGUGACCAUUUCGUCACUGUCAGAGAAACUAAGGACGGUACAAACUCUGUGGCAAUCGUGGAUUUGACUAAAGGAAAUGAAGUGACAAGGAAGAAUAUGGGCGGUGAUUCUGCUAUCAUGCAUCCUUCUCAGAUGGUUAUUUCCGUCAGAGCAAACGGCACUAUCGUACAAAUAUUCAAUUUGGAGACUAAGAGCAAGUUAAAAUCUUUUACUUUAGACGAGCCCGUUAUUUUUUGGAGAUGGUUGAGCGAAAGCACUUUGGGUUUUGUCACAGCAAGAUCCAUACUGACUUCGAAUGUCUUUGAUGGUAACGUAAAUGCUAAGCCCCAAUUACUUACCACGAGACAUGCCAACUUGAACAAUACACAGAUCAUUAAUUUUGUGGCUAAUAAGAACCUUGAUUGGUUCGCUGUCGUUGGUAUCUUACAAGAAAAUGGCCGCAUUGCGGGUAGAAUUCAAUUAUUCUCCAAGCAACGUAACAUCUCGCAAGCUAUCGAAGGCCAUGUUGCCAUCUUCACUAAUAUAUUGCUGGAGGGCAAUGGCACAACCCCAGUACAAGUUUUCGUUACCGGUAACAGAAAUGCCACAACAGGUGCUGGCGAAUUAAGGAUGAUCGAGAUUGACCAUGAUGCUUCGUUGCCAUCUCAAUAUCAGAAAAAGACUACCGAUAUCUUCUUUCCGCCAGAUGCAACGAAUGAUUUCCCUAUCGCUGUUCAAGUGUCUGAAAAAUACGGCAUAAUUUACCUAUUAACAAAAUAUGGUUUCAUCCACUUGUACGAAUUGGAAACCGGUACGAAUUUAUUUGUUAAUAGAAUUACUGCAGAGUCUGUAUUUACUGCAGCUUCCUACAAUCACGACAAUGGUAUUGCAUGCAUUAACAAGAAAGGUCAAGUCUUGGCAGUUGAGAUUUCUACCUCUCAAAUCGUUCCAUACAUCUUAAACAAAUUAUCUAACGUUGCACUAGCUUUAACUGUCGCUACAAGAGGUGGUUUGCCCGGUGCAGAUGAUUUAUUUCAAAAGCAGUUUGAAUCGUUAUUGUUGCAAAAUGAUUAUCAAAAUGCAGCUAAAGUUGCAGCUUCUUCUACUUCUUUGAGAAACCAAAAUACCAUCAACAGGUUGAAAAACAUUCAAGCUCCUCCAGGUGCUAUUUCUCCUAUCCUGUUGUAUUUUUCAACGUUACUGGAUAAGGGAAAAUUAAACAAAGAGGAAACUAUUGAAUUGGCUAGACCAGUUCUACAACAAGACAGAAAGCAAUUGUUCGAAAAAUGGUUAAAGGAAGAUAAACUAGAAUGCUCGGAAGAACUCGGCGACAUCGUUAAGCCAUUCGACACAACCUUGGCAUUAGCUUGUUACUUAAGAGCAAGCGCUCAUGCAAAAGUUGUUUCCUGCCUGGCAGAACUGCAACAGUUUGAAAAAAUAAUUCCAUACUGCCAGAAGGUUGGAUAUCAACCCAACUUUUUAGUGUUGAUUUCUUCUCUGAUUCGAUCAUCACCAGAUAGAGCUUCUGAGUUCGCAGUAUCUCUAUUGCAAAAUCCAGAAACUGCCUCUCAAAUUGACAUAGAAAAAAUCGCUGAUCUAUUUUUCUCUCAAAACCAUAUUCAACAAGGUACAUCUCUAUUGUUGGACGCCUUGAAGGGAGAUACCCCAGACCAAGGUCAUUUGCAAACUCGUGUUCUUGAAGUUAAUCUACUGCACGCACCUCAAGUUGCUGAUGCGAUCUUAGGAAACAAUAUCUUUUCUCAUUAUGAUAAGCCAACCAUCGCUUCAUUAUCCGAGAAGGCGGGGCUAUUCCAAAGAGCCUUGGAAAAUUACACAGAUAUCAAGGAUAUUAAAAGAUGCGUUGUUCACACUAACGCUUUGCCCAUCGAUUGGUUGGUUGGAUAUUUUGGCAAGUUGAACGUUGAACAGUCUUUAGCCUGCUUAAAAGCCUUGAUGGAUAACAACAUGCAGGCUAAUAUCCAAACUGUUGUACAGGUGGCCACUAAAUUCUCUGACUUAAUUGGUUCCUCUACUUUAAUCAAAUUAUUUGAAGACUACAAUGCCACGGAGGGUCUAUACUACUAUUUAGCAUCUUUGGUUAAUUUAACCGAAGAUAAAGAUGUCGUUUACAAGUACAUCGAAGCCGCUGCUAAAAUGAAACAAUACAGAGAAAUUGAGAGAAUUGUUAAGGAUAACAAUGUGUAUGAUCCAGAAAGAGUCAAAAAUUUCCUAAAAGAUGCUAAUUUAGAGGACCAAUUACCUUUGGUCAUAGUUUGCGACCGUUUCGAUUUUGUUCAUGAAAUGAUUUUGUUUUUGUACAAAUCACAGAAUUUAAAAUUCAUUGAGACUUAUGUCCAGCAAGUUAACCCUUCCAAGACUGCGCAAGUUGUUGGUGCCUUGUUAGAUAUGGACUGUGACCAAAAAUUUAUCCAGACUUUACUGCAAUCUGUUUUAGGUCAAGUACCUAUCAAUGAAUUGACCACUGAAGUUGAAAAGAGAAAUAGACUAAAAAUAUUGCUGCCUUUCUUGGAACAAAGUUUGAGUCAAGGUAUCCAAGAUCAAGCCGUCUACAAUGCAUUGGCUAAAAUUUAUAUUGAUUCCAAUAAUUCUCCUGAAAAGUUUUUGAAGGAGAAUGACCAAUAUGAUACUCUUGAUGUUGGUCAUUACUGUGAAAAGAGAGAUCCAUACCUUGCAUAUAUCGCUUAUGAAAAGGGUAAAAAUGAUGACGACUUAAUUAGAAUCACUAAUGAAAACAGUAUGUACAAAUACCAGGCCAGGUACUUGUUAGAACGUUCUGAUCUAGACUUAUGGAACAAAGUUUUAGAUCCGGAAAAUAUUCAUAGGAGACAAUUGAUUGAUUCUGUCAUUUCCGUCGGCAUUCCUGAGCUUACCGAUCCUGAACCUGUUUCUUUAACUGUACAAGCAUUCAUGACUAAUGGCUUGAAACUGGAGCUAAUUGAGUUGUUGGAAAAAAUCAUACUGGAACCUUCUCCUUUCAACGAAAAUGUUGCCUUACAAGGCCUAUUGUUAUUGUCCGCCAUUAAAUAUGAGCCUACUAAGGUUUCAAGCUAUAUUGAAAAAUUAGAUAACUAUGACGCCGACGAGAUCGCUCCAUUAUGCAUUGAGCAUGAUCUUAAGGAGGAAGCUUUCGAAAUCUAUGAUAAACAUGAGAUGUACAGUAAAGCUUUGAAGGUUUUAAUUGAAGACAUCAUGUCUUUAGAUAGAGCUGCGGUUUAUGCUGAUAAAAUCAAUACCCCUGAACUAUGGUCUCAAAUUGGUACUGCCCAGUUGGACGGAUUAAGAAUUCCUGAUGCUAUUGAGUCAUAUAUCAAAGCAGAAGAUCCUUCCAAUUAUGAGAAUGUGAUUGAUAUUGCCGAACAAGCUGGUAAACAAGAAGAGUUAAUCCCAUAUUUACUAAUGGCUAGGAAGACUUUGAAAGAACCAAAGAUCGACGGCGCUUUGAUCUUGGCGUACGCUGAACUAAAUAAAAUUCAUGAAAUUGAAAACUUGUUGGCAGGUUCCAAUGUCGCAAACUUGGAUCACGUUGGUGAUAAGCUGUUUGAAAAUGAAGAGUAUAAAGCAGCCAGAUUGUGUUACUCCGCUGUUUCUAACUACUCAAAACUUGCUUCUACAUUGGUUUACUUGGACGAUUAUCAAGCUGCUGUAGAUACUGCUAGAAAAGCCUCAAACAUCAAAGUUUGGAAACUGGUUAACGACGCUUGCAUUGAAAAGAAAGAGUUCAAAUUAGCUCAAAUUUGUGGGCUGAACUUGAUUGUUCAUGCCGAGGAGUUAGAUGAACUUGUAGAAAGAUACGAAUCUAACGGCUACUUCGAGGAAUUAAUAUCACUGUUUGAAGCCGGUUUAGGUUUAGAAAGAGCUCACAUGGGUAUGUUUACUGAGUUAGCGAUUUUGUAUUCCAAAUAUGAACCUGACAAGACCUUCGAACACUUGAAGCUCUUCUGGUCCAGGUUGAAUAUCCCAAAGGUUAUUAGAGCGGUAGAGCAAGCCCACCUCUGGUCAGAACUGGUAUUUUUGUACGCUCACUACGAUGAAUGGGACAAUGCUGCCCUAACUUUGAUCGAAAAAUCAACUAAGGACUUAGAUCACGCUUAUUUCAAGGAAGUCAUUAUUAAAGUUUCUAACUUAGAAAUUUACUACAAGGCUAUCAAUUUUUACGUCAAGUUUCACCCAUCAUUGUUAGUUGACCUUUUGACUGCAUUGACUCCACGGCUGGACAUUCCAAGAACUGUAAAGAUUUUUUCUAAAUCAGAUAACCUACCUUUAAUCAAACCUUUCUUAAUCAAUGUUUUGCCAAAGAAUAACUCGGUCGUCAACCAGGCUUACCACGAUCUAAUGAUUGAAGAAGAAGACUACAAGGCUUUGCAAAAUGCUGUUGAUUCAUACGACAAAUUCGACCAAUUGGGCUUGGCAUCUCGUUUAGAAUCUCACAAGUUAAUUUUCUUCAAGAAAAUAGCGGCAUUGUUAUACCGUAGGAAUAAGAAGUGGGCAAAAAGUCUUUCAAUUUUGAAAGAAGAAAAACUCUGGAAAGAUGCUAUUGAAACAGCAGCUAUCUCUCAGGAUUCAAGAGUUGUGGAAGAUCUAAUUACCUAUUUUGUUGAAACUGGUAACAGAGAAGCUUUUGUUGCAUUGCUAUAUGCUGCCUACAACUUAGUGAGAUUUGACUUUAUUUUGGAAAUAUCAUGGAUGAACUCUUUGGAAGACUACAUCAAACCAUAUGAAAUUUCUGUAAAGAAAGAGCAAAACGAUUCUAUUAGAAAAAUUACUGAAGAUUUGGCCGAGAAGUCUGGAUCUAAUGAAGAAGCAAGGGAUGGGCAACCUUUGAUGCUGAUGAACAGUACAAUGAAUAUACAACCCACCGGAUUCUGA